CAUGCCGGCUGCUUCCGGUAUGAUGGCGACCUGCUUGCUUGACUUCAAGUUUCUUGGGUAAAAAGAGGGUGACCUGAGCAAGUCAGGGUGUCUCAAGGUACAUUGAAUGGAGACAGCGUUUCAAACCUCAGCAACAUUGCUGUACGGUACCUGAUCACACACACACAAUAUUUAUGAAGGUAGUACUGUGUGGGUUUGGGAUGCAGAACAUCUGGUGAGAGAAUUUUUUUUUUGAUGAAUUUCCCUGAGUUGCAGCCCUGAAGAUCUAAACAAUGGUAGGAAAAAGGUCACUAAUGCAUCCUGUGUUAUGAGCAGAGCGAGUUAGAUCCGUUCAUUCACAGGUUCCCACGGUGCAGCCCGACUCAGACCCUCGCUGGAGUUGGACCCUGGAGUCUCUCAAACCUGUCUCUGUCUCUCUCAGGAAGGAGAGAGAAUCAGUGGUGGUGCAGACAGCUGGAUCUUUGUGUCUGUCUGUGUGUGAGUGUGUGAGUAUGCCGUUAUUGCUGCUUUUCACUCUCUGCACUUGCUCUGGUGCUGUCGGUGAUCCUCAGCCACUGCUAAACUAUAGCUCUCUGACACUACCGGAUCUCCACGUCCCCUACUUCCUGCACAGCAACACACACGUGGCCAGAGUUUGCCAAGACGACCCGCUCUGCCCGUUUAAAGAUGCUCUGUCCCAAAAGUCGUGUUGGGGUUACGAGAAGAACUGUUCUCCCGAGCACAGGUUCAGCUUCCCGAUCUGCACCAGCGUGGACUCGGCAUGGGCCCACUCGGUGCGAGCAGCUCAGGAAAUCUUCUGGAAGCAGGCCGACUUUGGCUAUGUUAAAGAGCGUCUGAGUGAGAUUAAGACUCUCUGCCAGCCUUUAACUCCAGGGGAAUCCUCUCUGAAGUGCACGAGUCACCUGCGCUACUGCAGAGCUACCAACCUCUAUCUAGACCUCCGGAAGCCCCGCAGGGGUCAUGAGAGAUAUUCUGAGGAUUUCCUGCAGAAAGGGGAGGUUGGGGGUCACUGCAGACUGGACAGCGGAGCGUUGAGGGCAGAGGGGCAGCACAAGAGCCCUCUGCAGUCCUGGUUUGCCGAGCUGCAGACAUACACGGAGCUCGACUUCCACCCCAUAGACGAUGGGCACUGUGACGUCAUCAUCGAGCGACCCACGGUCUUCAUGAAGCUGGAUGCAGGAGUGAACAUGUACCAUCACUUCUGCGAUUUUGUCAACCUGUACAUCUCUCAGCAUGUCAACAACUCGUUCAGCAGAGACAUCAACAUCGUCAUGUGGGACACGAGUUUUUAUGGUUAUGGAGAUCUGUUCAGCGAAGUCUGGCAAGCUUUCUCCGAUUACGACAUCAUACACCUCAAAACCUACGACACAAAAAGAGUGUGUUUCAGGGAUGCAUUUUUCUCUCUGCUACCACGGAUGAGAUACGGCCUCUUCUACAACACACCCCUGAUCUCAAACUGCCACAGUGAGGGGAUGUUCAGAGCAUUUUCUCAGCAUGUCCUUCAUCGACUCAACAUCCCACAGGAGGAACCCAAAGAGGACCGAAUCCGGGUCACACUGCUGGCUCGGAGCACGGACUAUCGCAGGAUAUUAAACCAGCAGGAGCUCAUAAACGCCCUGAAGACUGUGGCUUUAUUUGAGGUCAAGCUGGUGGAUUACAAGUACAAAGAGAUGCCAUUCCUGGAGCAGAUCAGGGUGACCCAUAACUCGGACAUCUUUAUUGGGAUGCAUGGAGCUGGCCUCACCCACCUGCUCUUCCUCCCGGACUGGGCCGUCAUAUUUGAGCUCUAUAACUGUCAGGAUGAAAGCUGCUACCGUGAUCUGGCUCGGCUCCGGGGCGUUCACUACCUGACCUGGCACAGAGCAGACAAAGUGUUCCCUCAGGAUAAGGGACAUCACCCGACACUCGGAGAUCACCCGAAAUUCACCAACUACACCUUCGACCCUGAGGAGUUCAUGCGCUUGGUCAUGCUGGCUGCAGAUCACGUGAGGAGACACCGGGCGUGGCCUUCCACCCAGGGACGAGAUGAGCUGUAGCGUGCGCACGCGCGCACACACACACACACACACAAAAGACUCAGACACUCAGAACAAAACACUGUAAAAAGUGCCGUACUACAGAAUACUGACCCUGGAUCAGUUUUUCACCUUCACACCUAAUAAUACUAUGGACUUGUGAACUGAUCUGAGAUCAGGACUCGGAUAACAAAACCAAACCAAACACAACUCUUAUUUAUUCCUCAUUUCGGAGCGAUAUGAUGGAUUUUGGAGUUGUGUGGUUGAAGACAGGGUUUGAUUGAAAAGGUUCGCUGUGGUCUGUGAUCAGAACACACAGAGUUCGUUCACUGAAAAAGGACAAGAUGUUCCAGAAAGUUCUCUGAUCAUCUUCUCAGUAGCACUGACGUCAUCAUCUUCGAUGAAAUGAAACAUGAAGUGAUUUUUCGCAUGAUGAUGAAUGUGAGGUUAUUUAUGGACAUUCCGACAUAGAGUUUCUAGAUAUUUCUAAGACAUUUUGUCUCAUUUUGAGUCGGAAAUUUGUUUUUAAUUUGCUUGAUUUGCUGAUUUAGAAAUUGUGUAAAUUUCUCCGCCAACACAAGAAGACAAUUUGAAGGUUGGAAAGAGACAAAAGGCCGAACGAUAGGCUUCGUAAUCGUACAUUUGUUUUGUUAGCGUCUCUUAACGAGAAAAAAAAUAGCUACAUUUUGCCGAUGGAAAGAGUAAAAAAAAUCUAAUUAUCAGUGGCGAAUAUUGCAAAAAUCAUUAACAUAAGUAUAUUAUAUAAUCUAAGAAUAUUUUAGACACAUUGUGUGGUAUGUUUUGACAAUCUCAAACACACAAUCUUAAAUUCUAGGGGUUUUUUGUUGUUGUUUUUUCACUUUUUUGUGUGAAAGCUGUUCUCGAGAAUCUGAUUUCUUCUGAAUCGACACAUCCGCUUCAUAUUUAGUGUUUGUAAUCGCAGAGAGGUGUGUGCGCGCACUGGAACAGUAUUUUCGUGUUUUUGUUUUGUGCUCCUGUGAUGAUAAAAAAAAGAAAGUUUUUAUGUUUGACAGCUGUGCGCAGCUUUAAAUCUCCUCCGACCGAGGAAUAUUUUAGCCGUCGAUAUAAAUAUAGCUGUAUUGCAAUCCGUGAUAGGGAUUUUGACAGGACCUGCAAAUGAAACGCAGCGUGUGCUGAGUGUUUAGCCGCGAGUGCAAUUUAGGAAUAGAAGGAGAAGAAGAAGAAGGUGUGUGUAUUUAUUGUGUUAUUAUUGUGCUGUUGGGUUUGCAUGCAUACUGUACGUGUGUAUACACACAUCAAGCUGGAUGAUUUUGUCUGUGCUGUGUCAUGCAGAAAUGAGACUUUUUUUUUUGCGAUUUUAUUAGGUAGAUUUGUUUUAAUAUGGUUAUUAUUUAUUUUACGGUAGCUCUAGUCAAGCUUACACAUGGACAUGGGCUCGUAUUUUUCACCCAGAGAAGACAAGGUUUACUGCCGAGAUUACAAACACUUUGCAAAAUUCAUGCGCGCUCGACAGAAAUAUGUUAUAUGUUUUAUUUUAUUGACACAAUUCAACAAACAGCUUCCCUUUUUGACUUUUAUCCUUGAAAUCAUCUUGGCUUUUAAUUUGCUUCGUUCCAGAAACUGCCAAUAAUAGACGACACUUUCAAGCUUGAACAUGAGACCUUGAAAUGUCAUUUUCUGUUCUAUGAACAGGUUGGAUUGUCUUAUAGGUCACCCUGUUCUCAAACACUCCCCCAUCGAUAAACAAAUUAUCCACAUGACCGAUUUUAUUGCUUCUGACUGAAGAAAGUUUGACUGAAAAAUGAAUAUCAAAUAAAUAUCUUGAGUUCAACGACUUCACUUUGAGUUCUAUUACACUGCAAAAAAAGAUAUCAAUAAAAAUGUCUGAAAUACAGGCAAAUUAAACAAACAUUUCCUCGUGAUUAAUUUGUUUUGAAACAAAUCUUCGGUUAUUAAGCCUAUUUUUAUUAUUUUCAGUUUCAAGCUUGAAAUGGUCUUAUUCAAUUGGCAGAUCAGUUUUCUUCUUUUAUUUGGACACAAAACUAUCUGCCAGCACAUAGAAUAAACUUGAAAUGAGUAAACUGAAGAAAUGGGCUGAAUGGACUUCGAGUGCUGUGCAAAAGUCUUGGCACCCUUUUCAUUUUUAAACACUUUUUUCGUAUAUACUUUGUUAUCGAUGGUUAUUUCAUGACUUCUACAUUGUCGAGUCAAAAAUAUUUGAGACGUUUUCUAGCAAAAAAAAAAAGACGUGUUGCAGAAAAAAAAAUGUUUCAGUGUCAGUAAAGAAAGCAGUAUAUUCCAUAAGGGAGCACUUUUCAGAUUAAAACUAGACGGCUUUUUGAGUUCAUAAAAUCGGUGAAAUUUAGUUCCCUCUGAAAUUUGGUCAUUGAGAAAUAUGUUUAUUUUUGGAAGAUCUAAAAAUAUCAGGCCAUUCUGUGGCUGGGAAGUUAUUUAAUUUGAGGGGAUUAAAGCAAAUAAUGUGCAUGAAAUCGCUCGCUUCGCGCAGUCAAGCAGACAGAGGAAGUCCGUGUGUGUGCGUGUGCAGAUUUACCUUUGAGUGUGCACUGACAGUUCCAUCAUUCUGUCGCUAAACGAACAGCUGAUCACACCGAGGUGCUCGCUGAGCGCCGAUAUUUAUUAGUUUGGUCCUGCGUUUCCUUUCCUUCGUAUAUAACAUAACGUCUUUUCUUCUCGCUUUCUUUCUGUUACUGUAGUCGCUCUUUCACGUUUCAUUCGCACACUCGCGUCCUCCAUUUUUCUCUCCUGUUUCAAAUUUGUAUCCCACAAUUGUUUGCCUUGUGCAAACGGGGAAAGCCCACCACGUGAUGCGUGAUGUAGUAUCUUGUAUUGCGUCAUGGUGAAGCAGGAAAAAAUAGCGGAGAAUUCAGAGCCAUGUGGAGAUAAAUUCAUUAAUUGUUCUAUUUAAAAAAAACUAAUAAAAUUGGAAGUCUCUGAUUCGAAUUCAGUAGGUCACUCAACAAAAAUAAUUAGGUGUCGGGAAAAUUCUUUUUAUGACCUACACUUGAAAAAUCUGAAAAGCUGUCUAGGUUAAAAAAAAAGAAAACAUCAUGAAGGUGACUGGAAAAUUUUUGGUGCAAAAUGAAGAAGUGAGUGUGACGGUCAAAGUGUCCAGAAGAACUGUGGCUGGUUCUGCGAGAUGCUCAGUAAAACCUACAGAUCAUUUCUGCAUAAAACUGCACUCUUUCUACUUGAGACGACUAUUUUUAAGCAAAGUGUCGUUAUAGAAAAUGCAGAUUUUAUUUCAUUUAUUACGUUUUCCUGUUCUUUAUCAUUUUUUUUUUAAAAUACAGAAACAUUUAAUUUCAUUAUUUUCAAAGGCAUCUUUGCUCUCCAGGAUUUCUUUGGAUGUGCUGAAGACUUUUGCACAGGACUGUUCGGGUUCUCAAAUCAUUUCAUCAUGAGAAAUAUUCAGUACUUUUUGUCUUGAAGCUCCGUUCACUGAUUAAGGUCUUUAUUUACAGUGCAUAAGUGAAUUCUUUGAGCGAAGUGUGAAAAAUUAGUGUCUGUGGGAAUCGUACUUGGGACUUUUCCUUGUUGCUGGGGUCGUGCUGUCAACACUACCUCGUUUUGUACCUUUAGUGUGUGUCUUUUUUUUUUUAAAGACUAAAGCUUUAGUGAUGUACCUGAACCUUUUUAAAAUUCAUAUUUGCACAAUAAAGGUACAAAACAUCAGCGGCAACGAAAGGGACAAUCCGGUGCCUUGAAUUCUCAGAGUGUUGAUGGAGAUUAUAUUGAAAAAUGCUGGAGUAUUAUUGACUUUAAAUAGUGUUCACAUCCCUGAUGAGAAACUUGAUUUUGUGCUGCUUGGCUUCCAAACACUGCAGCUUUCCCUUUUAAAGAGUGUCAGUAUUUUACAUUUCUUUUGACUGAAUGUAACUUGAAACCUUUUCCUUUGAUAACCAUAUUUAAUUUUUUUGCAAAAUAUGCAUAUGAAUGUGUUGAAAACUUGAAAUGAACUUAUUUAAAAAAAAAAGAGUUUCUGUUGUUUACUCAUUUUCUCACCUUGAAAAAUGUUUACCAGUGAGCAGAUCAAUACUUUCAGACAGAGCAAGCUGAUCUCAAGGCAGAAAAGUUUUCUGCUUCGUGUGUGUGUGUGUGUGUGUGUGUGUGUAAUUUCUAAAAUUAUUAAUUGGACUGCUUCUGCUUGCAAUCCCAUUCGGCAUCGCAUUACUUUCUCUGCUCGAUAUGAGCUAUGAGUGCACCACAAAGGGCACCAGUCCAGCCCUUACUGUCACCAUCAUUAAUCUGCCUGACCUUAAAAAUGUGCCACCAUUUUUUCCCCUUUAUCUUCAGUUUUAGAUUUUUUCCCCCCUUGUGACCCUCUUAGUGCACUAGAUGGCAGUCAAAGACCACGAGUGAGCUCUGAGAUCAGACAGUUUUAUUGUCUGAUUUAAGACUCAUGUUGAAACAAAAUGUUGGAGAAAUAUUAAAAUGUGUAUGAGGGAAAAAUCACUGAACAGGACGUGCUGAUUUAUACACUUUGCCUGGACUCUUUUUUUUUUUUGUGGGCAUAGUGUCCAUGUUAUUUUCAGUCAAGUAGACUUAUUUGAUAUUGAGAGCCGUUUGGUGUUCAGGUUACACUUGCACUAGUGAUUUUUUUUUUUCAACAUUAUUAAGCUCAGUCAGCUUC